AUCUAAACAUUUAUACAUCGUACUUCCAACCCUCAGUAUGGAUAGAGGCGCAGCAAGGAGCAGGAAAAGGUCUCAAAAAGACAUCAAGCCUUCUGCAGCCCACCCUCCCGCCUUCGAGGAGCGAAGCAAACCCGUCGGUCCGGAACAGAGACCCAAGAAACAGAAGAGACCUGAGAGAGGCGAGCAAUCGAAGGAUCCCAGUUUGUACAAGCCGAAAGCAGUUCGCACUUCUGCUGCUCUAAUAUAUUCAGAAGCACCCUGUGCUCUUCCUCCACCUACCGAGCAGCUCGAAAAUGUCCGCAGAAUUGAUUUGAGCGGUAGUGAAGCCAAAGAUGUCUCCUGGCUAAAUGGUCUGGGAGUAACAUGGCUCAGCCUUGCCAACUGCCCCAUACAGCAGGGCUGGGAGGCGGUUGGUACUUUAUCUGAGCUAACUGUGCUCAACAUCAGCGGUUGUGGGCUUAAAAAGCUUCCUGUGGCCCUUAAGAGCUUAUCGAAACUCAAAGCUAUCGUUGCUAUGAACAAUGAAUGGACGGAACUUGAUGAAGAAGUAGUUGGGGCUUGGACAGACCUCAAUUCACUCAUUGCUUCUCACUCUCCCAAUCUGGUGUCCCUUCCCUCGACGUUAUCAAAUCUUCAUCAUCUUUCAAAACUCACAUUCUCACACUGCCCUCGUCUGGCCGCUUCUUCCCUUCCAAAUCUAUCGUCGCUUCCCCUACUUCGAGAUGUCAAGAUGAACAAUCUCCCCAACUUGACUAUUCUUCCUUCACACAUAUCUUCUUGGGGUAAAGGUGAUAUGUCGGUCGUUGGAAAAGGGCAAGGUGGCUCCCCUCAAUACGGAGAUGGCCUGCAAGUCCUUGAUCUUGGAAACUGCUCCCUCGCUUAUCAUGCGAUCGCUUCAUUGUUUGGUCUCACCGCGUCCAAGCGUAAGCCACUUUGGCCACACCUUCGCUCUCUUUCCCUUCACUCGAAUCCUAUCGCCACUACACAUCCCCAAUAUUCUGAGCUUUUACAAGCUUCACCCGAUCUACCCAAUCUGCAGAUCAUUGAUGCGCAUCGUGUUGUGGAAAGAAAGAGAAAAGGCGAGAGAUCGGAAAGCAAGGCCGACAGGAGAGCAAGGGAAAGAAAAGAGGGCCAAAUGAAACCUUCGGGAGCAAAUGUAGGCAGUGGGAAGAUGAGGAAAUGGGGUCAAGUGACGAAGGCCGAGGAGGAUGGCGACACGAAGCAAGCGACAGAUAAGGGUGCGAACAAGCCAAAGCUGUUCAAGGGAGAAAAGACGGAUGUCAGUGAUAGUGUACCUUCUUCAAGGAAAAGGAAGCAUGGCGACCAAACCGUUGAGACAGUGACGAACAGACAAACCAAGCUGGACGUGCCUAAAAAGAGAAAGAAGCACGAAAGUGCUCCUUACGCGUCUUCAUCUACUUCCAUACCUAACACUAUCACCAACACUCUCAAUGCUCCUGCAGCUGAUCCUAAAGAGCUACAUCGGUUACCGCACCAGGAGAACGCAUCCAACAUCAACGAUUAUCGCAAGGAGAAAUCUGCUGUUGUGGGUCUCAUUGAGGUAAACAAAGAUGGCGGGGAAGUCAAGUUGAGCACUCAUAAGAGGAAGAAAAUCCAAGCAAAGGGUCUGGUUGGCAAGGAAUCUACAGGAGGCGUGGAUUUGAAGGAGGUAUUCGGGAAGGGAAAGACUGCAGAGAAGGAAAAAGAAAGCGAGAGUACUGGGCUUGGCGUUGGAGAGUGGUGAGGUGCAUGAAAACAGAUGUUUCACAUUAUUAGUCGCGGUUGCAUUGGACUUGUAUGCAUAUUCUGUAC